CCCGAAUUCUGCUCAAAUUGUUGGACAUUGCUCUCCUGCUGCAUCUAAUUCGUAUUAAGAAUCCUUAGAAAAGUGACCAUGUCAACGAGCACAAACUCCCAUGCUCAUCCACAUCCGCAUGCUCAGAGCACGAGCCAUAAUCCCUGGGGCAGCACGAGUGGCACAGGCCCCCUCGGCACGUCUCUCACUGACACCUUCGGGCAGUCCAGGACACAUUACCAGCCAGGCUACAUGAUGUCCGUGGCGCAACAUAAUGUCAUGUCUCCCAGCGCACAAAAUACAGACGAAAUCCCCGUCGUGCAGACAAAGGCAAAAAUAAACAAGGGUUUGUCCCGUGGAGCCUCGCAUUUUGGUGCCGAGUCGAUGUUUGAGAGCUCGAGCACGCAAAGGCAAGCGUUCACAGACAUGGACGCGCCGCCGACUAGUUCAGUCAAUGAUAUAUUCCGUGAGGGGUCUUCUUUUGGCGAGUCCCAACGGGCAGUUUCUUCCCCCUUCCCCUUCUCCCUCUCAAACUCCUCCUCUACGUUGAACACCUCCCAAUCUCAAACUCGUACCCAAUCAAGCACCCCAAACCAACCGACCUAUAUUAUUGUCUUUGGCUAUCCACCAGACAAAUAUUCUCUCACCGUAGAAUAUUUCCGCUCGCUUGGUGCGAGCACCGAACCGGAGCCUAAUUCAGAGAUUGUAAACGCGUUCAGAAUCGGGUUCCGUGACCCUGGAGAAGCCAUGCGUGCGGUCAGGAGAAAUGGGGAGGUCUUAGGGGGAACUUGGAUGGUUGGCGUUAAAUGGACUGAUUCUGCUCAGGACCCCCGCGGACCUGAUUUUACGACGUCCACUUCCCCACCGCGGGUGCAAAUCCAGACUUCGCAAGUACAAGCGCAUUCGGAUGGAAAUGCGAUGGCAGUGGAUGGUGCUGCUACUGUUGGGACACCGAUCAGGCUUGCGCCGUCUGUGGCUGCGUUUCGCAAAGCUCCUGUGCCGGUGCUCCAGAAAUCUGCUCACGCCGUGCAUGUACCGGUCGUUAAUGCGCAAGAUAGUCCUGCGAGGGGCAUGCUUGGGCAGGUUGGGGAUCUGUUAUUUGGGUGGUAGUGUUAUGUGGUGAUAUUCGUACUCUGGUAUGAGUACGCUUUUGUUUUCGGUACGUCUGUAGAUGCAUAGAUAUGGAUGCGUCUUUGGAUGUGUGAUGAACUUGCAGGGUGUUUUGCAGAGACGACCAGA